AUGCUCGUUCCCCACGGAGGUGUCCUCCAGGAUCUAUUGCUACGCGAUGCGCCAAUCAAGAGCGAGCUGGCCGCCGAGGCUGCCACGCUCAAGUCUCUUUCGCUGACUGACAGACAGUUGUGCGACCUCGAGCUGAUUCUCGUUGGAGGAUUUUCUCCGUUGACCGGUUUCCUCAACGAGGCCGACUACACGUCUGUCGUGCACAAGAUGCGUCUUUCCACGGGCGAGGUUUGGCCCAUCCCCAUCACCCUGGACGUUUCCAAGCAGGUGAGCUCGCAGUUCAAGUCUGGCGACAGAAUUGUGCUGAGAGACCCCAGAGACGACCUGGCACUGGCCAUUCUCACCAUAGGCGACAUCUACACCCCGGACAAGCAGCUGGAGGCCAAACAGGUGUUCAGGGGCGACCCUGAGCACCCGGCUGUCCGCUACCUGUUCGACGUGGCUGGUGAGGUGUACAUUGGUGGCGCAUUACAGGCCAUCAAUGCUCCGAAGCACUACGACUACACCGAGCUCAGAAAGACCCCGGCCCAGCUGCGUUCCGAGUUCGCCAACAAGCACUGGUCCAAGGUGGUGGCGUUCCAGACCAGAAACCCAAUGCACAGGGCCCACAGAGAGCUGACGGUGCGUGCUGCCAGAGACAAGCUGGCCAACCUGCUGAUCCACCCCGUUGUCGGGCUGACCAAGCCAGGCGACAUCGACCACCACACCAGAGUGAAGGUGUACCAGGAGAUCAUCAAAAAGUAUCCCAACGGCAUGGCGCAGCUUGCUCUGCUGCCAUUGGCCAUGAGAAUGGCCGGAGACAGAGAGGCCCUGUGGCACUCGAUCAUCAGAAAGAACUAUGGUGCCACGCACUUCAUUGUGGGCAGAGACCACGCGGGACCGGGCUCCAACUCCAAGGGGGUUCCUUUCUACGGUCCGUACGACGCGCAGGAGCUCGUGGAGAGAUUUUCCACCGAGCUGGAGAUCGAGGUCGUUCCCUUCAGAAUGGUCACCUAUCUGCCCGACGAGGCCAGAUACGCCCCUAUCGACAGCAUCCCAGACGGCACCAAGACGCUCAACAUCUCCGGAACCGAGCUCAGAAAGCGGCUCAGAGAGGGCACUCACAUCCCAGAGUGGUUCUCGUACCCUGAGGUGGUCAAGAUCCUGAGAACCGCUUAUCCUCCUAGACAGACCCAGGGUUUCGCCCUGUACUUACAGGGUCUGCCGAACUCGGGCGUCGAGGCGCUGAGCUAUGCUCUGCAGGCCACGUUCAACCAGUUUGCCGGCGGCAGACACAUCACGCUGCUGGAUGCGGCCAGGAUCGGCAAAGAAGCAGUCGGCUUUAUUGUUGGCGAGCUGGUGAGAUCCGGUGCCGGCGUGAUUGUGGUGAACAACGAGGAGGUCAUUUCGAACGCCGAGCUGUCUGCCAUUAGAAGCACCGUCGCCAAGUCCGGCACUUUUGCCGUGGUGUCUGUCGAGACGCCUAGGGCUUUCUGCGAGGCUAACGACAGAAGAGGGUACUUCCAGGCUUCCAGAAAGGACAUUGAGGGCUACGAGGUGCCUGCCGACGCGGAGAUCCGCGUGGACCUCGACUCUUUGCCGAUCAACACUGCGAUCCAGAAGAUCGUCUUGUACUUAGAGGAGGAAGGGUUUUUUGUGUUUUAG